AUGUCCAGCUCCGGAACCCUCCAGAUCGUGCUGCGCAACAGCACCAACGCCGGCGCCCUGUACGCGCACAUCACCGGCACCUCGGACGCCGGGCUCUUCGUGCUCUCCGCCGACGGCCACACGGCCUACCACCCGGCCAGCCCCGCGCAGACGCUGACCCCCCUCGGCGCCGACUGCGCCAUCAACGUCGGCGGCGCCGGCGCCACCCGCGCCGUCACCAUCCCCUACGUCUCCGGCGGCCGCGUCUGGUUCUCCAAGGACAAGCCGCUCACCUUUUACGUGAACCCGGGCCCGGCGCUGGUCGAGCCGUCCGCACUCAACGCCUCCGACGCCAACUACGGCCUCGACUGGGGCUUCGCCGAGUUCACCUUUAACCGCAGCGAGCUCUACGUCAACGUGUCGUACGUGGACUUUGUGAGCCUGCCGGUGAGCCUGCGCCUGGAGAACGCGAGCGGCAAGGUGACGAGCGUCGCGGGCAUGCCGGCGGACGGCCUGGAGCGCGUGGCCGCGGGGCUGACGGCGCAGGGGCAAAAGGACGGCGCGGGCUGGGACAAGCUGGUGGUCAAGUCGGCGGAGGGCGGCGCGGUGCUGCGCGCGCUGAGCCCCAACUCGGGCGCGGUGGUGUCGCCGGGCCUGCUGCAGGGCUACUUUGACAAGUCCGUGGACGCGGUGUGGGCCAAGUACGCCGCGGAGGACCUCACGGUCAACACGCAGUUCAAAUGGGGCGACGCCAAGGGCCGCGUGGACGCCACCUCGGGCUUGCUCGACUUUGGCGAGAACGUCGGGCGGUUCGGCAAGCCCUCCACGGGGGACAUCUUCUCGUGCAACUCGGGCCCGUUCAGCCACGGCGACGGCGCCACGGACGAGUCGCUCAACAUUGGCGCGCGCCUCGCCGCGGCGUUUAACCGCUCGACGCUGCUGAUCAACAACGUGCAGCCCGAGGGUGAGGACGUGGCCAAGUAUUACCAGGCGGGCGUGACGAAUCACUACGCGCGCGUGUGCCACGAGACGACGGUGGAGGGCCGCGGCUACGCGUUCCCGUACGACGACGUCGGCCCGUCAAAAGGCGUGGACCAGUCGGGCUUCCUGAACGACCCGAACCCCAAGACGUUGACGAUUGGCGUCGGUGCGCCGCUGGAGUAG